AUGAUGGUUGAAAUAGCAAGACUGAUGCAAUUAUCUACUUAAACUACAUAUUCAUUAAUUUUUGUACUAGUCACUUUACAGCCACCGAUGCAACCUCUUAAUGAAGAAACGCUACCUGAAUCAGCCAUACAUUAACUUGAACAACUGUUAUAGCUUUAGAAAGAAUCAACACAGUCUACUUCAGAAGCAUUACAUGGAUUAGUUAAACUUUAAAUACAAGUUAAUGCAUUUUACAGAGGUGUCACAGCACCAUUCUAACAACUUGAGAACCUAUUUAUCACCAAAAUAAUUAGAAAAAGCUAAUAAAAUUACAUCUUUAUAUUAAUUUGA